AUGACAAUUCUCCUCCACAUCACCCAACCCUCACACUUUCCCAACUCCAAUAAUCCUCAGUCUUCAAACCGUACAGGUUUUGGAGCAGCAACAGCAGUGGCAGAUGAUCAACCAAUAUCAUCAAACCGAGGACGCAGCAAUUCGACGCACGCUCAAGUCGUCCUACGCCCAGAAUCAGGCCAUCCAACACCAGGAAGACAAGGAAGCCCUGCUCCUGAUGUGGGCCCUUGCUUUUCUUGGUACUCCGGGCCAGUUCCGACAAUUGCGAACCUACCUAACACAAGCGGAUCUGCCUGGUGUUCCGAUGGCACACAGCGCUUGGGCAUUCUUGUGGAAGUCUCGGAGCGACCGGGCCUAGAUGUCCAAACUUUUGAUGACCUACUUGAGCGUUUUUUGGCCAGGUGGAACUAUUUGACAAUUGACCGCGCUGACGUUAACCCCUUUGGCAAACCUCAAGUAGCUCGACAAUCUCUAGACGCUGCAGGGACACUUGGAUUAGUGCUGCACUGGAUAUGUUUGACGAUGUUGAGUUACACCUUGCAGCACCUUUUUGGUGUAACCCCGGCAGUCUGUUCUCGCUACUUGGCGUCUGGCAUGCAUCAUCUCCUGGCGGUACUCCGAGAACACCCGCUGGCAAAAUUUGAUGGCCAACAACAGAACGACGGGCACAACUGUAUCCUGGCCUUCGCACCCGAUGGAACAAUCAUCAUGUACUCAAUUCUUAAUGCGCCGGGGUCGUGGCACGAUGCUACAAUUGCGGAGCCGCUUUACAAGCAGCUCCUUGAUCGGACCCCGCCAGGAUAUCAAAUUAUUAGCAACACCGCCUUCCCUCGGAAGUCCGAGAGGAUUCAGGCUUGCAUACUCGCCCCUGCUAGCAAGAGGGGUGAUCGAUUACCUCACGAGUCGGUUGAAUUUGCCCGGCUCCAGUUGCUGAAUGAGCAACUUGUUUUGGCACAACAGGCGGCCGAGUGGGGGAUGUGA